AUGCUAGCUUUACAUAAACAACCUGCAGCAGUUCUUCUUGGAUUAAGGGCAUAUUCAUCCUCUGCUGACCUACCUAACAGGAAGAAAAGUACCACAGACCCCCACAUUAGGUUAGGACUUCCGCCCUGGCCUGAUUCGGUGAACCCCAGUCCAAAGGAAAUCUUUGGAUUUGACACAAUGAACAUACCUGAUUUCGAUGUCUUUAUAAAAAGAAAGUACCAGACAUACGUGAAAGUGUACCAUCCAGAUGUUUCGUCAAAAUAUGAAAUAACCCAUAGAAAUGACGAAGUACUAACAGUGGAAUCGAAGAGACAGAGGUAUGAUCAAAUCACAAGUGCAUAUAACAUCCUUAGGGACCCACAAAGGAGACAUGCUUACUGGAGAUUCGAAAAUAGUACGACGAAUUAUAGUCAGAGACCCAGACCUCAGGCAUCACAGCUGGAGGCUUCAUUCCAAAGAUUUAGGCAAGCUAGCGCCAGAAGAACCGCAUACUCGUAUCAGAACGAUGAAGCAUUUUGGCAAGCCGCGACAUGGGAAGAUUACUAUAAAAUGAAAUACAAGCGAGAACCCCCUACAGCAGAAGAAAUUGAAAAAAACAAGUAUAAGAUACUAGCAGGUGUGUUGGCAGUGGGAUUUAUAUCGGCGAUUCUACAAUAUUUGUAUGCAUUGAAAAGAACCGAUGAUUUCCAUGCUGAGCAAGCAUUGAUGAAUUUACGAGCUCUGGAUAACCUUGAAGGAAGCAAGAAAAACUACGACUAUGGGACUGGAUCCCAGGGUGACCGUUUAAAGCGAUUUUUGUUGCUGAGGAGGUUCAAUUUUAUGGAUAAAGGUGAUAUAGAGACAAGUACGAGGAUGAAGGAAGAAGAAGAGAAAAUCAUGAUGAAGCAUACAUAG